GCGGGAGCGGCGGCGGGGCCGGGGUUGCGGGGGUGCUGCCGGAGCGGAGCGGAGGGGAGCGGGGGCCGCCAUGCCGCUGAAGGCGGUGAUCCUCAUCGGGGGCCCGCAGAAGGGGACCCGGUUCCGGCCGCUCUCCUUCGAGGUGCCCAAGCCGCUCUUCCCCGUGGCCGGCGUGCCCAUGGUGCAGCACCACAUCGAGGCCUGCGCCAAGGUACGGGGCUGGGGGAAUGCCGGGGAUGGGGCCGGGGGACCGGGGUACCUCCAGGAGUAUGCAGCACUGGGCACGGGUGGUGGCAUCUAUCACUUCCGAGACCAGAUACUGUCAGGCGGUGCUGAGGCCUUCUUUGUCCUCAACGCAGAUGUGUGCUCGGAGUUCCCAUUGCAGGAGAUGCUGGAGUUCCGGCAGCAGCACGGGGACACGCAAAGCUUUGUCAUUCUGGGUACCACAGCCAACAGGACACAGGCGCUGAAUUACGGCUGUAUUGUGGCAAACGCAGACACGCAGGAGGUCCAGCACUACGUGGAGAAGCCCAGCACGUUUGUCAGUGAGAUCAUUAACUGCGGCAUCUACCUGUUCACACCUGCCAUCUUCCAGCACAUCGGCGAGGUCUUCCAGAGGAACCAGCAGGAGCUAGUGCUAGAGGAGAACUCCAACGGCUGGCAGCGUGCAGAAGUGAUCCGGCUAGAGCAGGACGUUUUCACGGCGCUGGCUGGGAGCGGCAAACUCUACGUCUACAAAACUGAUGGCUUCUGGAGCCAGAUCAAAUCGGCCGGCUCUGCUAUCUAUGCCAGCCGCCUGUACCUGAACCAGUACAGCAAAAGCCACCCAGAGAGGCUGGCCCAGAACAAACCCGGAGGCCCUAUUAUCCGAGGGAACGUGUACAUCCACCCGACGGCCUCCAUUGACUGCACCGCUGUGCUAGGACCCAACGUCUCCAUCGGGGAGGGAGUGACGGUGGGAGCUGGUGUGCGUGUGCGCGAGUCCAUCGUCCUGCACGGUGCCUCACUCCACGACCACACCUGUGUCCUCAAUACCAUCGUGGGCUGGGAUAGCACCAUUGGGCGCUGGGCCCGGGUUGAAGGGACGCCCAGUGACCCCAACCCCAACGAUCCCUAUGCCAAGAUCGACAGUGAGACCCUGUUCCGGGAUGGGCGCCUCACGCCCUCCAUCACCAUCCUGGGCUGCAGUGUCACCAUCCCUGCUGAGGUCGUUAUUCUCAACUCCAUUGUCCUUCCUCACAAGGAGCUGAGCCGCAGCUACAAGAACCAGAUUAUCCUGUGAGUCAGCUGCUCGCUGGGUUGGAGGCAGGGGGACGUUGCCAGCCCCCAACUCCCUGCUGUGCCUCACAGCAAGAGCCUGUGCUAGGACUUCACCUCCUGGGAGGUCCCGAGCACCCCCAGAGGGGUAGGUGCAGGUCAGGAGCCCUGCAAGUGCCUGAUUCCUACUCCAGACAGACAUUAAAGCUGGUGAGCAUCAGCCUUGCGUGCUGCUUCUCUUGCAGCCCAGGGACCAGCCCUGGGGCAGGGGGAAGGCUUUGGGGACAGCACAUGGCCCUGGCGGGGAGCCCUGGGCUGAGGCUGUUGGAGGGAGCACUUGCUGCCUGCAGCAUCUCAGGUCUUGAGCUUUGGGGGUUUCUCCACCAAAGGGCACUACCAGCAGGCUCUUGCCACCCCUCACCAGGCUCUCCCUGCUCUGCAAAAGUUGCUGUCUGCAGCUCCCUGGCAGGUCUUGGCCCAUCUCAGAGACUUGAGGGGGGGGGCUUUGAAUCUGCCUGCCCUGUUUGGGCAGCCCCUCCUGCGGGAGCCAGUUGUGAAGAUCCCAGUGAUUGCAACAGCCUGAGCUGGACUCCUGCCUACCACUGGGAUAACAGUGGCAACCAGGCUGUCCUAAGGGCACUGGCACAGGAGGCCAGGCUUGGAGAGGAGGCUGCUGGCCCUGGAGGGAGCUGCAAAAGCACCCCUUCCCCCAGCACCACCUCCACCCCCAAGGGACCAGGAGAGCUGCCAGCCCAGCUCCCAUCAGGCUGAAACCUGCACAGCUGCCUAGGGAUGGCUCAGGGUGAUGGCAGCAGGUCCCCUGCCACCCUGGUGGGCCAACAGCCUCCUCCCCACCAGCAUGGGUGUAGCUGGGGGGCUCACACAUCUCCCCUCGCACCAGGGCAAUCAACUUCCAUGUGUGCAGGUGGCACAGAUUCACCGACUCGCUCUGUCUCAACCUGUUUUUAUUGAAGGCAGCUCCCUGCUGGUCCUGGCAGUCUGUCUAUGGUAACCAACACUGCCCUUUAUCCACUUAACCUCCCUGUCUUCUCCUCUGGUUUUGGAGCGCUGUGCUAAAGCCCUCCACUCCCCCGAGAGCCCCAUCAUGCCUCUCACCUUCAGCGAGGCAUUGCAUUAGGGAUUCUCCAUCCAUCCAGUACCACCCCAGCUUGAUGGAUUUGCAGCAAAUCCUUGCUCCCAGCCUCGUGCCUUCCCGUGCCAGUUCUCCUGUGGUCCUGGGCGGGGAUUAGCUGUUCCCUGGCUUUAAGCACAUUAAAACUCCUUCAGUUUUG